AUGAGCCGUCGGGCUUACCUUGGCCAACCUGCAGAUUUUAACGAAGCUAGGAUGCCUCGCGGUCAUCAUGAUAAGUUGAACAGUACCAAAGCCGCAUCAUCUAUGGAGUAUGCGACCGCCCAAUUAUCGGUAGAUUUUAUCAGAACGUUUGCCGGUGCGAUCAGCGGAAUCGCCUCCAGUAUAGUGACAUGCCCCCUGGAUGUUAUCAAAAUAAAGCUGCAAGCUCAUGGUGGUUUACGGCGACAAACAACCUCCUCUCGACUUCUGUACGCGAAUCAGGGUUUACUCGGUGUCGGCCGUGAGGUGUGGCUCGAGAAAGGAUUGAAAGGAAUGUACCAAGGCUUAGGGCCAAGUGUACUUGCUUACUUUCCCAGGUGGGCUAUUUUCUUCGCUUCUUACCAUCGAAGCCAUGAAGUAUUCGAUGUAUGGUUUGACGCUCAGAGCCAGUGGGUGACCUCGUUUAUGUCAUCGCUCACCGCGGGCACUUUCUCCAUCGCUGCCACCAACCCAAUCUUAGUUAUCAAAACUAGACUCAUGUCGCAGACCAGCAUCUCCAAUCAGACGUAUGCAAAGCCAGCUUGGCAGUACAGCUCAGCGUUUGACGCAGCUCGGCAAAUCUUCAUAAAGGAGGGCGUUUUAGCCUUCUACUCCGGUUUAAUCCCAGCCCUACUCGGGGUAUCGCAUCUUGCAAUCCAGUUUCCUCUUUACGAGCAACUGAAGAGGAGAUUCACGGGAUCAGGGCUCGGGGAAGAGAAUGAAAAGUCUAGCUAUAAUAUAUUGGGGGUUCUAACGGCAGCCUCCAUCAGCAAGAUAGUUGCCAGCUCGGCAACGUAUCCUCAUGAAGUCAUUCGCACACGGCUUCACAUGCAGCAAAGUUUCAGGUCUACUACACCAGCACCACCGUGGUACAGUGGCAUAAUUGUGACCGCCUACACAGUCUGGCAAAAAGAGGGGUGGCGAGGUUUCUAUGCUGGUAUGGGUACGAGCAUGAUACGAGCUGUGCCAGCUUCGGUGACCACCAUGUUGGUUUAUGAAAAUGUCCUCAAUGUAUUAAUGACGCUUAAACUCGACAGCAAUAGUAAAUUGGAAGAGAAAAACUUAUGA